UGAAAUCUCAAGGGGGGAUAUCAUGGCAUCUAUCUGGCUUGGACUCCAAGGGACUAUCAGAGAUUAUCCAGGUUUUAACCCAACUAUGGAUGCUGAAGCAAUUCAUAAGGCAAUUAAAGGACUUGGAACUAAUGAGAAAGCUCUCAUUGACAUUCUCACUGAGAGGACAAAUGCUCAACGACAGUUGAUUGCGAAGGAAUAUCAAGAAGCUUAUGACAAGACACUGAAAGAUGACCUGAAGGGUGAUCUUUCUGGCUACUUUGAGCAUCUCUUGGUGGCCCUGGUGACACCACCAGCAGUGUUUGAUGCGAAGCAACUGAAGAAAUCCAUGAAGGGCACUGGAACUGAUGAAAGCACAUUGAUUGAAAUCUUAGUUACCAGAACAAGCAGCCAGUUAAAGGAGAUUUCUCAAGCCUACUAUACAGUAUAUAAGAAGAGUCUUGGAGACGACAUUAGUUCUGAGACGUCUGGUGAUUUCCGGAAAGCUCUGUUGACUUUGGCAGAUGGUAGGAGAGAUGAAAGUCUGAAAGUAGAUGAAUAUCUGGCCAAAAAAGAUGCCCAGAUUCUCUAUGAUGCUGGUGAGAACAAGUGGGGCACAGAUGAAGAUAAAUUCACGGAGAUCCUAUGUUUUAGGAGCUUUCCUCAACUGAGACAAACAUUCGUUGAAUACAGAAAAAUUUGCGAGAAGGACAUUGAGGACAGCAUAAAAGGAGAAUUAUCUGGGCAUUUUGCAGAUGUACUGCUGGCCAUAGUUCAUUGUGCAUGGAACAUGCCUGCCUAUUUAGCUGAAAGACUACAUGGAGCUCUGAAGGGUGCAGGAACUGAUGAAUUUACUCUGAACCGAAUAGUGGUUUCCAGAUCAGAAAUUGACCUUAUGGACAUUCGAGCAGAGUUUAAGAAAAAUUAUGGUUAUUCCCUCUAUUCAGCAAUUCAAUCAGAUACUUCUGGGGACUAUGAGAUUGCUCUCUUGAAGAUCUGUGGAGGAGACGACUGAAGCGAGAACAUAAAUUUCAAAGGUUACCUGCUUUCACCAUGAACCUUUCUAACAGUUCCACUUCCCUCUUUGUUACUGGAUUGGAAAGUACAAUCAAUGAUACACAACAACUUGCUUUCCUAAUGGAAAAUUUA